AUGCCGGACCAACGCAAAUUUGAGGAUGGGAAACAACUCUACGAUCAGAUUAUGUUCAAUCGAAAGAAAGUCCGAAACCAAUUAGAAUUUGCAAAAAUUAAGGCCGAGAGAACGAUCAACGGCGCCUGGGUCGAUAAAUGGUACGACCGAAACUACAACUACGUCUUCGUAGUGCCCUUUGUUUGUGGGUAAGCGAAACGUUCGAUUUUUGUUUGGACAAGCUUAGUCUGGCAAAUCCACAUUUUAAGAGCGCUUGCAACAGAAUGCCAAAAAUUCCAAAUCAUCUUGAACUUUUCGGAUUUGUAUCCCGAGUCUCACUACAGGCUGCUGCAGGCGACUUAGCAUUUUUUUGGCCCUAAAAAGACAGUUUCAGACGGAUCUUUUUAUAAACCGUUGUUGUCAAAAAAUCUCAUAAGUAUCAUGGUCAAUAUAAUAGAAUAGCUCAAAAAAGCUAAAGCUUACAUUGGAUGCGUGGCUCCCUCAUAGUUUUUACAACUCUUUUGUUCGACCAAAAGAUUUGACUGUGCCUCUAUUCUAAAAUAACUGAUUUUUCAGAGCGAUGCUUUCCGCGUUAGUCUUGGAACUGAUAAUAGUCGCUCUCUCAUUCACGGUCUAUCCAAUAAUCUACAUUAAAACAAGAGAAGAUAAAGAGAAUCUAGAGAUCCGAGCGAUCUAUCAACUAAUCAUCAAACAAGAAGGCCAGAAGGCCCCAAGACUGUCACCACAAAAAGUUCACGAUAAGAUUGUUCAACACGUCGCUCAUGACGUCGCUGAGGCUGCGGUGAGUUGAACAAUCCUUAUAUGUAACCUUUUGCCAUAAAUUUGGUGAAAUUUUACAUUAUCCUUCAAGUAGAAUCUCAACUUUUCUCAUUUUAGAAAAAAUCCAAGGAGGAAAAGCAACAAGCCGAAGAAGUCAAAGAUUUCCAGAAGUUCAAAACGAAUAAACCACAAAAGAUUCCGGCUCCAAAGAAGGACCCAUCGACGCGCAGUACUAAUCUCAGCGGGAGUGUGUCAAAGAUGUUGGCUGAUAGGCCUUACAAAGAAAAAUCAACUCAAAAUACUCUCGAUGGCACUGCGGGAACUGUGGCAGACACUAGCAAGAAAGCAGUUCCAUCGUCCUUCAACGAGAAGGAGGAAGGAACUCAAGAAAUCGAGACAGAAUCGUGGAAAACAGCAGAGACGUCAAAAAGCCCGCUAAAGGUAGAAAAAACUGUUUAAGCCAUGUUUUACAUUAUGUUUAUAGCAAAAUUCACAUCAAAUUUAGAAAACAAGAUUCCAGAGAGAUCUGCGCGAGCUAUUUUGGGAAGUAAACCGCCUUUCCAACCAAGAAUUUAAAGUUUUUUUAUAUUGCACUAGACAUCUAGAAGAAAAAGUGUCAGCAAACGCGUAAAAUGAGGUAAAAUAUAGGUAAAUUUGAUUUAUUUAAUGCCUGCAGACAGCCACGUUCUUUCUGAAGCGAAAUUGUCCACCGUUAAACCAGAUCCAGACCUAACUUAUAUUACACUUGACUAAAUAAGUCUCAACUCGAAAAAAUACGACAAUCCCGAGCUCAAAUCCUUCGAACACCUUCUAAAAUGCAUUUUUCAGACUCAGGACACUGAAACUGAAGCUCAAACACAGACCCAUGAGCUGGAUGUUACCGUUCGCAGCGAAUAUAAACCAGAAGAUACAACCUCCAAAUUCGAUCAGUCGGAUUUACUUUCCAAAGACGAGGCCAAAUCGGCUAUGACGACGCCUGAUAACAACGAAACGGAAGGAAACACAGAGAAAAAAGCAGAGAACGGUAAAGAUGAGAAAUCCGCGAAAUAA